UUUUUUUUUGCCGUGAGUAAUUGGAUGUGUGGCGUGAGUGCGUGUGAAAACAUGCGAAAGUUUGAAAACAAGUGUGAGAGUUGGCAGCUCUGAAUCAUUGAGGUGCGGCAAAGGUUCAUCCUUCACCGAAGGACACGAUGUUGUCGUUACCUACGUCAUCAAAGGAUCAUUCUCUAUUUAAGAGAGCUGGGUUCCAAGAAACACACACAACUUCAGCUUCAUCCUGUGGAACACAGUCCAGGUCGUCAGACUCAGAGAUCUACACAACACAACACAAUCGAUUGGAUAACUUCCGCCGGAGAGCUGGGUUCCAAGAAACACACACAACUUCAGCUUCAUCCUGUGGAACACAGUCCAGGUCGUCAGACUCAGAGAUCUACACAACACAACACAAUCGAUUGGAUAACUUCCGCCGGGUUUGUCUUCCCCCCCCCCCCCGACAUGUCUUCACGCCUGCUUCUCUCCGUCCUGCUGCUGCUGCUCUGUGGCCGGGCAGCACAGGCAGCUCUGAGCCAAUCAGAGGACGAGGACGCCUGGUCCCCUGCACGGAUGGUGGCGGACCCCCCCGACCGGGUCAUCGUGGUGAAGGAGGGCUCGGACGCCCUGAUCGAGUGCAACGUGACCCGAGGCCACACGUUGAAGUGGUUCAGCCCUCAAGGAGCCGAGCUGGGGGGGGAAGCAGGUGAGAAGUGGCAGAUCGAGGAGAACGGCUCCCUGAACAUCAGUUUGGUCUCCAUUGAAGACGAAGGCCGAUUCACCUGUGUAACCACCAGUGACGGUGGAGCCACCAAGAACUACACGGUCACGCUGCGUGUGGCCUACAGGGUCAUCGUGGUGCAGGAGGGCUCCGACGCGCUGAUCGAGUGCAACGUGAACCAAGGUCAUACUGUGAAGUGGUUCAGCCCUCAAGGAGCCGAGCUGGGGGAGGAAGCAGGUGAGAAGUGGCAGAUCGAGGAGAACGGCUCCCUGAACAUCAGCGCGCUCUCCUUCGACCACCGAGGCCGAUACACCUGUGUAACCACCAGUGACGGUGGAGCCACCAGAAACUACACGGUGUUGCUGUGUGUGGCCUACAGCUCCAUCAUCUACUACUGGGUUCCAUGGUGUUUACAGCUUUUAAUGGUUUUUAUUUUUCUGUUUCUUUCCAAUAAGCACUGUUAUAUUUUCUUCAUCUGUAUAUUUAUAUUUUAUUUGUUAUUUUAAAUUUUUGACAUUCUAUUUUAUAUAAUUGUUUUGCUUGUAAUACUCUGAGCCUUGCUAGAAGAGCGUGUGACCCAAGCAUUUCAUAACCAGCGAGUGCUUAAUGUUAUUGUUGCAUUUGAUAAUAAACUCUUGAAACUAUAGGUUUUUUGGGUGAAUGUAAAUGUUCUACAAAGUUAAAAAGCUCAAAGUCUGAGUUUCCUAAAAAGUUUGUGACAUAUACUUUUAAUGUUAACCUCUUCAAGAAAUAACACAAAUUAAAAUGAUGAACCUAAUAUGA